AUGUGUGCAUUAAUAGCAAACUACUACUGUGACUUCGUAGGUUACGGCCACACUGUUCCCUGUACAGAUGCGGGCAAGGCAUUCUGUAUGAUUUACGCUGUGUUGGGAAUCCCUCUGACACUGGUCAUGUUCCAGAGCCUGGGCGAGAGGAUGAACACACUGGUGCGCAGCCUGCUUCGCCACGCCAAGCGCCUCCUGGGCCUGCGGGAGGUGGAGGUGUCCAUGUGCAACAUGGUGCUGGUGGGGCUGCUGUUCUGCAGCAGCACCCUGUGCGUGGGCGCCGCCGCCUUCUCCCACCUGGAGGGCUGGACCUUCUUCCACGCCUUCUACUACUGCUUCAUCACGCUCACCACCAUCGGCCUGGGGGACCUGGUGGCCCUGCAGGAAGGCGACGCCCUCCAGCGCCGGGCGCCCUACGUCACCUUCUGCUUCAUGUACAUCCUGGUGGGGCUCACCGUCAUCGGGGCCGUCCUCAACCUGGUGGUCCUGCGCUUCCUGACGGUCAGCGCCGCCGAGACCCGGGCCGAGGAGCGGGAGCAGCGGCGGGCGGAGCGGGAGAGCGAUGAUGCAGAGCUGAAAGACAGCGCGGAGGGGGAGACCCUGGACAGCGGCCCACGUCACCUCCUGUCCCUGCCCGUGGAGGGGGGCAGCAGCCGCACUAACCUCCUCCCCUCCUUCUCCACCGCCCCUUCCUCAGAGGAGGGGGCCCCAGGCAACACAGUCGCUUCCUCCACCACCGACACCGCCCCCGGCAGGGGUGGCGGAGGUCUCCGCGCUCUGCUCUCCUGCAUGCGCUGUUGCACGGACACGGACCCCGGGUCGGCUCCGUCUCGCGGACACCCGUUUGGUUGUCAUAGCAACCCCAUCUUCUACAACUCCAUCUCCUACAGGGUGGAGCAGAUUGCCACAUCGUCUUCGGCCUUCGGCAGGGGUGGAGGUGGUGGGGCGGGGGGUCUCUACCUGGGCAAGAGAGGUCGGUACACCAGGAGAAAGUCUCUCUAGCUCCGGAGGGUUCGGACAUAUGUUGCUGUUAGUUUGGCCCACGUUGAAAGCUACAUCACCAAUCUGUUAAACGAUCCCAGAUACAAGUUAUUCACUUGACACGUGUAGAAUUAUUCUUUGGAUUGUCCACAUAAAACAAAGACAUACAUAUAUUUGUGAUACUGUGCUAUCUUGUUUUAUUGAAUUUAAGUCUAUCAAUUGUUUUGAAUUCAGGUAUAUUCAUAACUCUGAGAAGAUAGGCCUGCCGUGUAUAUUUAUUUGACCUUUAGGAGAUGGAUAUAAUAAAUGACAGACACACAGUAUGGGACUCCAUCAGAUAGGGUACGCUGAGCACACACAUAUAGGGUCUCAAAUGGGAACCAAAUGUUGCCACUGUAUUGUAAAGAUUGCUUACACUCGGCAAUCAUUGGUGGGUCCCCCUUCUAAUAGGAAGUCACCCUCCACUGCUCUGCCCAGUUCCCUUAGUAACGCUUCUUUCCCCAAAGCCAGUGCAGUGGAAAGAACUGCUGUGUACACGCGGCUUCGGGACAGACGGGUGGAUGGGGAGCGCUUAGUCAACCUCUAUAGGAAGUGGAAGGGUCAAAUGGUUGAAUUCUAAUGAAUCAGAAAGAUUUAAAAGUCAACGGUUAUGUAUUUUCUAUUUUACAAUAUUUGCAAUUUCUCAAUACGUGUUGCGGUGUGGAGAAUCAAAAUAUAAUAAUUUUGUCACAUACAAAGUAUUUAAGACUUUUAUCUGUUAUUUUUUAGAUGUAUUGUAAAAAUGUAACAGGAGUUUAUACUGUACGAAUACUAGACUGAAUAAAUAUGACCAAUGUAGCUUCAUGUCAUUUUAAUGUGUUAUUCCCAGCUAUAUCGCAAGGUGGCAGUAUUUCUCUAUGGAAUAAGUCUGGCUGUGUGGACCAUGGAACUUUAAAGAAAGCGUCGACAAUCAACUGAAAAAUGUGUAGACGGCAGAGCUGAAGUCUCAUUUUUACUUCCAGAUCCAUUUCUUAAAACGGCAAUGCUCCGUCCAAUCGGUGCACUCUUACAAACCAUUUAAUAUC